GCAUCAACGGAUCAUCAACGAAUGCGUCUAUCUACCGGUGGCUCUGGGACCGUCAAGGGAGGGGAGAUCCCGAUGAUCAGCUGGACACACAGCUCCAUUUCCGGCGGCAAACAUGAGCUUAUCUAGCUCGCUUGAUAAUGAGCCGCUGUCUGGCUGCGUUCGUCAUGACGUCAACUCCAGGAAUUCAUGAUCUACCUUGCUAUCAGUAGAGGGAUACCUCUCUAUCUCAAUUUUUUAUUGUUCAUAAUCCUCCUAUCUCUUCUAGUCAAGUCUAACGAAUUUAUUCUUUGCGUGGUAUCUCUGAAAGAAUAGUCAUAACGACUCCACUGUCAUCUAUUACCGAAGUCCUACCUAUGACAUAUAGGCCGCGCAGAGGACAAUGGUUUCACUGUGGCGCUCGAACGAUAACCCGGAGCGAGAGGAGCAAGGCCGCGAUGAAGAUGAUAGAUCCAGAGGACAGUAUCAGGAAGCAGAUGAACGGACACGACUUUUACCGAGAGAAAACCAAGGAUAUCUGAGUCCCGAUGAUCCUGCAGUAUCCCCCUACAAUCUGUGGAGUGUCAGGGCUCUCAGAGCCUUGUCCUCUUUCUGUCUCGCCCUCAGUUUCGUCUGGUGGACCUUCCUGCUCGUCUCCAUCUUCGUCAGCCCUCCGAUGAUGCACAGCCGUGGCUCUGGCUUUUUUAGCUUCGCGUAUACGACACUCACCGUCGGCUACCUCGUUAUCGCACUACUAUUCUUUACAAUCCCGUCAAAGGCCAUGACGAUAUCCGGCAUAGUGGUGGCCGUCUUCCUCUUUGUGGAUAUGUGCAUUAUCCUCGGUGUACCUCAGCUGCGCGUCGAAGAGGGCUGGGUCGGUAUCGCCUCGGUCGUCUGGGCCACCCUGAUAUCCAUCUUCAACGUCCUCCAAGACCGGACCGUUGCCUGGGGCAAGAGGGAGGAAGAGGAGCGCCUUACCGGACGAGAGGAAACCCGGCGGUCCCUCCGGGAAUGGAUCGCCGUGCUAAUCGAAACGAUCUUCAUGGUCGUGAUCGCGAUAGUCUCGAUCCUCUUCACUGCAACUCUGAUCAUCCGCGCCCGCGAUGCCUCCCUCCACGCCCCGGGACAAAAGUACCUCGUCAACGGUGAGAAGUACCAAGUCCACCUCGCCUGUGUCGGUCCCUUGAACGGCACCACCGACGGCAACGGAAAGCCCACCGUCCUCCUCGAAGGCGGCGAAGGCCCAGUCGAGCACUCUCUGCAACCCUUCAUCGACAACGUCUACAAACAAGGCCUCAUCGACCGCUACUGCUACUGGGACCGACCAGGAUACGCCUGGUCCGACAAUGCCCCCUCCCCACACUCCGCCGGCAUGGCAGCCGAUGCUCUCUCCGAAGCACUCGCCCUCGCCGGCGAGGAAGGGCCCUGGAUCCUGGUCUCCUCCGGCGUCGGCUCCAUCUACAGCCGGAUCUUCUCCAGCCGCCACCUCCUCGAAACGAAGGGCAUCAUGCUCAUCGACGCCAUGCACGAGGACUACCUCGGCCAAGUGGGCAACGCCGGCCGCGGCUUCCUGCUCUGGCUGCGCGGGAUCCUCUCCCCGCUCGGCCUGGACCGCCUCUUCGGCGCCAUCUUCAAGGGCCGCACACGCGAAGACCGCGUCUACGGCCGUAGUGCGUACCAGACGGACAAGUUCCUCAAGGCCAAGUUGCAGGAGAACCUCGUCGCCGAGUCAAUGACUGCCUCCGAGAUCCAGACGGCGCGCCAUGUCCAGAUGCCCGAUACGCCGCUUGUCGUCGUAAGCUCCGGGGUCGAGGUCCGCAGGAGCAACAAGUGGGCCAAGACACAGGAGGAUCUGACCAAAAUCACGCAGAACUUGAAGGAUUGGGAUAUCGUCAAGGGUGCGCCUCAUGAGGUGUGGAGGACAACUGAAGGUCGACAGGUUCUGGAAAAGAGACUCAGGGAACUGGUCAAGGGCGAGUGAUGAUACCCGUUUCUGGGAUGAUUUCUUUUUCUGCAUUUCAGGUUUGUCUAUCAAAUUGUAAUGUAUCUAAAUUGUCUUACGAGUGUGAUGUCCUCAUGUUUGUCCUUCUAUAUGCGGUCCAUCAUUCUUUGGAUUUCUGUGCCUUCUCUCAGGGAUCUCUCAUUUCACGCGGUUACUACCUAGGUUAGGGAUGACAAAAGAAAUUGAUGAGGUAAAUUGUCCUGUCUGAUCAUUGCAGUCGCACUCAUGACGAUAAUCAACCGCGCUGGAGAUC